CCACAAAGUACAGCCUGGGCAUUCAGGGGACGUCACUCAUUUUCCCCAGUGACCUUGACAAGUCACAGCUUGAAAGCAGGGAAAUCCGGAUGUCUCCGUUAUGAAGUAGAGCAGUGGGAGCUUCCACAUAUUUCCAGAACUCUCCAUCUAGCCUGGUGAUUAAGCAUCCUCCUGCCUUACAGCCUGUGGCCGUUUGCAGUGCCCCCUCAGCUCCUGGAACUUUGCACAAUGACCAAGUGCUUCAGCCUGGCGUUGCUUCUUGCCAUCAUUUGGACCACGAGGCUUCUGGUCCAAGGCUCUGUCCGAGUACAAGAGCUUGUCGCAACAUCGUGCAGAAUUAUGGGGGUCGCCCUCGUGAACAAAAAAAUAGAACCACAGCUGAAUUUCUCAGAAGCCAGGGAAGCCUGUAAACUGCUCGGACUAACUUUGGCCAGCAAAGCCCAAGUUGAAGCAGCACUGCUGUCUGGCUUUGAAACUUGCAGUUAUGGAUGGGUUGCAGAACAAUAUCCUGUCAUCCCUCGGAUUAACCAGAACCCCAGGUGUGGAAAGAAUGGAAAAGGCAUCCUGAUUUGGAAAGCUAAAGCUCACCAAAAGUUCAGAGCCUAUUGUCACAACUCAUCUGAUGUUUGGGUGAACUCAUGCGUUCCAGAAAUUAUCACCACCGUUGAUCCCCUAUUAGACUAUGAACCUGAAACCUACACUGUAGAGCUUCCUGUCAGUGACAGCACCUUCUCAGCAUCAGCCCUGUACUCUACAACCGCUGCUCCCACUACCACUCCUGCUCGAGCUGCCACUUCUUCUUCACGGAAGAAAAAAUUGAUUUGCAUCACAGAAGUUUAUACGGAAACUAGCUCCAUGCCGACAGAAACGGUAUCAUCCACUCAAAGUGGAGCAGCAUUCAAGAAUGAAGCUCCUGGGUUUGGAGGUGUCCCCACGGCUCUGCUAGUGCUUGCUCUGCUCUUCUUCAGUGCUGCAGCUGGUCUGGCGGUCUGCUAUGUCAAAAGGUAUGUGAAGCCCUUCCCUUUUACAAACAAAAAUCAGCAGAAGGAAAUGAUUGAAACCAAAGUAGUAAAGGAAGACAAGGCUGAUGAUGGCAACCCUAAUGAGGAAUCAAAGAAAACUGAUAAAAACGCAGAAGAGCCCAAGAGUCCACCCAAAACUACAGUGCGAUGCCUGGAAGCUGAAGUUUAGACAAGAAGUGAGGAGGAACACCUGAGGCUGGUUUCUUUCCUGAUCCAUAUCUGGGCUCUAGGUGGGGAAACAAAAAGAGCCAAAGAACAAAAGAAGAAAAUUCACCAUCAGUUCCUAACAGGGAUCAGCUCAGAGCUUUCUUUGGACAAUGGAGUUCUCCAAAGGAAGCCCUCUUUUCCCUUCACUCCUUUCUGGAUCCUGUUCUCCUACCUCCAAAUCCUCCCAUAGCCUUUCUAGCCUGGCUAUGUCCUAAUAUUAUCCCAGUGGGAGAAAGGAGCUUUCAGAGCCCAAGAACCUACAACAGCUCAUCAGCACACAUCUGUAAAUGGGUCUUCAGGCUGGCUGAGAUGGGGUGGAAGAGCAAGUAGCAGGGUCACUGAGACCAGGCUAGACCCAUGGCCUACAUUCUUUUUGAGCUCUAAAAAGGAAACACCGAUAUGACCUGGCAUGUCAUUCUAAGCCAGGCACAAAUAAAAGAAGGAAGAAGAAGCCAUGGAAAUUCCCAUGACUUGAGACCUAAUCUCUGAAAAACCAUUAUAAACAGAGCACUAGGAGGAGGCUGGCAUUACUAACACUACCAUAGCCAGCAGGGACUAUAAACAGACGGGCCAGGUAUUAUAGCAGGACUAAAAACAGACAGGUAUUCUUCUCUGAGUCAGUUGGGUUGCAAUCACUUUUUAGAACAUAAACACACUUCCUUUUCUUUCUGUUGCUGCUGUUUUCUCUAAAAUAGACUUCUAUAAGAAACAACAAAAAUACUUUUAGAAAAUUCUAGUUUUACCUGAGCUACAGAAACUAUUACUGAGGAAAAUUUCUGUGUCAAAAAGUAAUAAAAUUUAACAAAAUGCUUGCCAAAUAUCUACUACAGGUCAAGUAUCCUUAUUCUAAAAUAUUUGGAUCAGAAGUAUUUGCAGAUUUUGGAUCUUUUUAGAUUUAGAAAUAGUUGCAUAUACAUAAAGAGAUAUCUUGGGAAUGAGCUCUGAGUCUAAACAUGAAAUUCAUUUAUGUUUCAUGUACACCUUGUAGGUUGAAGGAAAUUUUAUACAAUAUUUUUAAUUGUUUUACAAUUGAAAUUAAGGUUCACGCUAUAGAAUUUUCCACUUGGGAGUGUCAUAUUGAUGCUCAAAUUUUGGAGCAUUUUGGAUUUUGAAUUUUUGGAUUAAGGAUGCUGAACCUGUACAUGUCAGGUGCUCUGCAAGAUAUUAUACUCUGUAAUUGAACAUUAGUCAUCAAAACUUGAACAUAGCGGAGUGCUGUCUAAAGCUAAAUUGUCGAGCUUUGAUAUUUCUAGCUUAUCUACUUCCCAACUAAUUUUUAAACAGACUAAUCUACUCAUUUUCUCUAAUAUGGCAACCAUUGUAACUUUAAUUUAUUAUUAACAUACCAAAGAAGUACAUUACCUCUAUGCACCAAAGCACAUUUCUAAAAUGCUAUUAACAAAUGUAUCACUAGCUCUAAUUUUUUGCAGCAAGAAGAGUCCAAGAGGUGCAGAAAUAUUUGUGCCCCCCAAAUAAAUAAAUGAAGCAUUUAGAUAA